AAAUGGCAUCAGAUUGUCAUGAGCUGUUUCUGAGAGGAGAGACCACCAGUGGGGUCUACACCAUCAAGCCAAUAAACGCAGAGCCCUUCAAUGUCUUCUGUGAGAUUUCAGCAGAGGGUGGAUGGACAGUGAUCCAAAGGCGCCAAGAUGGCUCAGUGGACUUUGAUCAACUAUGGCAGGCCUACGAGAACGGCUUUGGCAGCCUGAAUGGAGAGUUCUGGCUUGGUCUAGAAAAGAUCCACUCCAUUGCUAAAGAUGGUGGCUACAUCCUCAACAUCAAGGUCUCCGACUGGAGUGAUGAUUUAGCGUCUCUCCGCCUCCCCUUCAGUCUGGGCGGCGAGGAAACCAAAUACUCGCUCCAGAUUCAGGAGACCGACGCUUUUAGCACCUUGGAGAGUUCUCUGGGGACUGACGCCACCUCCGGCUUGCCUUUUUCCACCCGUGACCAAGACAACGACCAGAAAAAUGACACCAACUGUGCCAAGCACCUUUCAGGUGGCUGGUGGUUCAGUAAUUGUGGACGCUCCAACUUAAAUGGUAGAUACUUCCAAAGCCCUCCUCCUAAGCAGCGGCACCAGAGGAAGCAGGGCAUCUUUUGGAAGACCUGGAGGGGCCGCUAUUACCCUCUGAAGUCCAGCGUGAUGAUGAUCGCCCCUGCUGCAAUUGAAAACAAGUCAUAAACUAUAAAAAGAGACUCAAAGAAAAAGUUGAGACAAAGAGAACGGGGGAGAAAGAAGUAGAUUUUGGACUAUUCUUUCUUUUUUUGGUACUCAGUUGAUGAGGUAGAGUUUUCCAUUUUCCCUGGUUGUUUCCCUGCGAGGAAAGAGAAGCCAGAAGACCUCACAUUAAAUGAGUUCCAUGUUUCCACUGCAGUGUGCUCUGUGAGACAAGUAGAUUCCUGCCCUGCACCUACAGCCACAGAUGGAAAAAUGGACAAAACUUAAACGUACAGUUGCAAAUUUUUCACAUGUUGUACCAUUGCAGUUUAUUCCUCCUGUUGGCAUGAAGCAGGGGCCCCUAGUGAGGAGAGCAUCACAGGGCGAGUCCCAGCUCAUCACAGUGCUGUAAGCCACAAAGGAUUUCCAACAAGUCGAGACUCAUCACCAGACAUGUGGUGUCAACUGUGUAUGCGGGCUUUUGUUGAGUCUGAAUGUGGUUUUGUAGCAGGUAAACAGCACUGUCAGCACAAAAACAGAAGAACUGCUCUUAUUUUGUAAAGAACGCAUGGAGGAGUGAAAUGCAGGCAGAUUAAGCAAGCUUUUUAAACCCAAUGGUGUGGACCAAAUGGUGACUUAAUUAAAAAAAAUCCUUUUCCACAUGAACAUGUUGAGAUUAGUGUUGAAAAGCAUUAUGUAAAGUUAUAAAUCACUGUAAACUAGGAUUACGAUGCAGAAACUGAUUUCGGAGAGCAGUUCAUGAGGCACUGAAAACCAUUUCAGCCUUUUGUACAAUAUAUUUUCUGCCUGCAAUUUUGAAUCAAAUUAAUGUAUGUAUGUAAUAUUCUUCACUGACUUUCAUUUCUCUGUGGAAGCUUUGAUAAGUCAUAUUGACUUCUUUUAAGAUGAGAGACAUGGUUUUGUACAUAGUGUAUGAAGGAAUGUCUGUUACUGAUUUGUUGUGACACUAUCUGUUAUCCUCAUGACUUGAGAGUUUUAUUGUAGAUGUUCCUUUUUCUUAUUUAAAUGCCGUAAAGUAUCUAUAUAUAUAUAUAUAUAUAUACACACACACACACACACACACACACACAUAUAUAUUUCUGGUGCUGCCUGUUUGUAAUUUAUAUUGUCUUUGUUGUAUUUGCCAGUUGUAAAAUAGUUUUUUUUAAGACAAAAUAACCAUUUUAUGGGCAUAUUGAGUCAAUAAAAUUGAUUUUAACUAA